AAUUAGUCUCCCUUUUCAGUACGAUCAAACUCAACCACUGCAUACACAUUCUUUUCCAUGGCUGCUCAAACCUCUCAAUCAUCUUCCCAACUUCUCAAACCUCUCUCAUAUGACUACGACGUCUUCUUGAGUUUUGUAGUUGAAGACACUAACAAGGACUUCACUCGUCGCCUUCGCGCUGCCUUGAAGAGAGCCCGAAUUCCCACCUUACCAAAUGAUCAGGAGCCGCAUCCAGUUGGAGGGGAGAACAUCUUCACUGCAGACCUCAACAUGAUUCGAAGUUCAAGAAUUGCCAUUGUAUUUUUUUCUAAAGGCUAUGCUUCUUCCAGUAGGUGUCUUGAUGAGCUUGUGGAGAUCGUGCACUGUAAGAAUACCAAAGGCCAGGCUCUUGUUCCCAUAUUUUAUCAUAUGGAUCCCUCGGAUAUCCAAAAAGAGACUGGAACUUUUUGGGAAGCAUUUGUUAGGCAAGAAGAGCAAUUUUGGACUGAUACGAAGAGAGUGCAGAGAUGGAGAGCAGCUCUUACUGAAGCUGCGCAUGCUUCCGGCUUGGUAGUACUCGAGGAUGAAUUUGCAAAUCGGCAAGAAGAGGAAUUUUGGACCGAUAUGAAGAGAUUGCCGAGACUACGGAGAUCAGUUGUCAAUGAAACUGCGGGCUGGGUACUCGGGACAAAAUAUGCAACUGGGCAAGAAGAGGAAUUUCGGACCGAUAUGAAGAGAUUGCCGAGACGGGGAUCAGCUCUCACUGAAGCUGCGAGCCGGGUACUCAAGAAAAAAUAUGCAACUGGGUCUGAAAAAAUCGAUAAGAUUGUUGAAGAAGUUUUGGAUUUAAUGAAAGUUCUCCAAGACUCGGAAUGUAUGGAUUCUCGUGUUAAAAUGAUUAAAGAUUUAAAUCUUGAAACAAGUAACAUUUGCAUUGUGGGCAUGUCUUGGAUGGGAGGAAAAGUUAACACAACCUUGGCAAAAGUUGUCUAUAAUGAAAUAUGCGGUGGAUUUGAAGGAAGUAGUUUUAUUUCAAACAUCAGCGAAAUUUCAAGAGAUUCCAAAUAUGGUUUGGUCCAUUUACAAAAACAACUUCUUUAUGAUAUCUUGAAAAUGAAGAAUAUUCCCAGUAUUAAUAAUGUUGAUGAAGGAAUCAAUUUGAUUGAGGAAACAAUUCAGGGCAAAAGAGUUCUUAUUGUUCUUGAUUGUGUGGAUGACUUGAAACAACUAAACGCAUUAGUUGGAAACUCCAUAUGUUUUGGUCCGGGAAGUAGAGUGAUAGUAACAUCGAAAGGUGAGAAGUUGCUAACUGAACUUGAAGCACAUGGAAAAUAUGAGGUUCAAGGUUUGCAAUAUUGGAAUUCCCUUAAACUUUUCAGUUGGCGUGCCUCCAUGAUGGGCCAUGAUUACAAGGUCAAGUUCAAUCCCCAAGUCAACGUUUACAACUAUAAGCAAUUGGAUAUGGCUGGAGAAGGAAGUGAAAAACAAAUGACUUCGGAGCCUAAAGCAGUGGUGUUUGGCGUUGAAGCAGUUGAGAUAACAUCUAAUUUUGAUGUUUUAAAAAAACUGAACUUAUCCUGGACCAAUAUCAAGUCUUUGCCAGAGUCCAUUGUUAGAUUGGUUAACCUCAAACAGCUUGAAGUUCUUGAUCUUGAACGGACAGCGAUUAGGGAUUUACCUAAGAAUCCAAGGUGGCCCAUGCUCUUAGAGCUUUUCCUUCACAAUAAUAAGGAAUUGAGAAAUAUCCCUCCCUUAUUUUUCGAUUACAUGACUGCUCUCCAAACCCUGAACUUAUCCAGAACCUGUAUCUCGUCUUUGCCGAAAUCCAUUGUCAAUUUGGCCAGCCUCAAAAGACUGAUUUUAAGAAACUGUCAUGAUUUCAAAAAGUUUUCGCCCGAAGUUGGAGAACUCAAAGAGCUUGAAGUUCUUGAUCUUGAAGGGACAAAGAUUUGGGAUUUACCUGAGAAUCCAAAGUGGCCUAGGCUCUUACAACUUGUCCUUCACUAUAAUAAGGAAUUGAGAAAGAUCCCUCCCUUAUUUUUCGAUUACAUGACUGCUCUCCAAACCCUGGACUUAUCCGGAACCGGUAUCUCGUCUUUGCCUGAGUCCAUUGUCAAUUUGGCCAGCCUCAAAAGACUGAUUUUAAGAAACUGUCAUGAUUUCAAAAAGUUGUCGCCCAAAGUUGGAGAACUCAAAGAGCUUGAAGUUCUUGAUCUUGAAGGGACAAUGAUUUGGGAUUUACCUGAGAAUCCAAAGUGGCCUAGGCUCUUACAACUUGUCCUUCACUAUAAUAAGGAAUUGAGAAAGAUCCCUCCCUUAUUUUUCAAUUACAUGACUGCUCUCCAAACCCUGGACUUAUCCGGAACCGGUAUCUCGUCUUUGCCUGAGUCCAUUGUCAAUUUGGCCAGCCUCAAAAGACUGAUUUUAAGAAACUGUCAUGAUUUCAACAAGUUGUCGCAUGAAGUUGGAGAACUCGAAGAGCUUCAAGUUCUUGAUAUUGAAGGGACAGAGAUUUGGGAUUUACCUGAGAAUCCAAGGUGGCCCAUGCUCUUACAAUUUGUCCUUCACAAUAAUAAAAAAUUUAGAAAGAUCCCUCCCUUAUUUUUCAAUUACAUGACUGCUCUCCAAACCCUGGACUUAUCCGAAACCGGUAUCUCGUCUUUGCCCGAGUCCGUUGUCAAAUUGGUCAGCCUCAAAAGACUGAUUUUAAGUCGUUGUGAUAAUUUCAAAGAGUUGUCGCCCGAAGUUGGAGAACUCAAAGAGCUUGAAGUUCUUGAUCUUGAAGGGACAGAGAUUAGGGUUUUACCUAAGAAUCCAAGGUGGCCCAUGCUCUUAGAGCUUUUCCUUCACAAUAAUAAGGAAUUGAGAAAGAUCCCUCCCUUAUUUUUCGAUUACAUGACUGCUCUCCAAACCCUGAACUUAUCUAAGACCGGUGUCAGGUCCUUGCCAGAGUCUGUUGUUAGAUUGGUCAGUCUCAAAAGACUGUUCUUAAGUUACUGUCAUCGUUUCAUGAGGUUGUCGCCCAAAGUUGGAGAACUCGAACAGCUUGAAGUUCUUGAUCUUGAAGGGACAGAGAUUAUGGAUUUACCUAAGGAGAUUAUGAAGUUAACUAAUCUCACAUGCUUGAAAUUUUCAAUUUAUGGAUAUAUGGGUGAUGGUAGCAGUGCCAUGCAAUCAGAUGCACCGGUUCCUCGUAAUGUAAUUUCGGCACUGUCUCUCUUAGAGGAGUUAAAGAUCAGUGUGAAUCCAGAAGACAAACAGUGCAGUGAAAUGGUGAUCAAAUUUGUUAUUAUUAAUGAAGUAUGUCGCUUGGUGAAUUUGAAGACUCUUCAUUUUUAUUUUCCAAGGGUGGACCUUCUGAAGCACUUUAUAUUGAAGAGCGCAAUGUGGAAGCAUCCAUCAGAACUGUUACAUUUCAGAUUUACUGUUGGCCAUCAUGUCAAGCGCAUUAUGCCUCGACUCCCUCGCGAAGCUGAGCUUGAGUUGGAAAAAUGGGAGAGAUGUUUGAAAUACACAAAUGGUGUGACUGUUCCUAGCGAGAUUCAGAAGGUACUCCGAUAUUCAAAUGCAUUUUUUUUGGAACAGCAUGGAAGUGUUAGGAAGCUCUCAGAUUUUGGGAUUGGAAAUAUCGAGCAACUAAAAUGUUGUGUUGUGGGGGAAUGUAAUGAGGUUGAAGUUAUUAUGGAUGAAGCAUCUGGUCUUGGAUCACUUGAAUACUUGUGUAUCUAUUAUAUGAAGAAUCUAAGGAGCAUAUGGAAGGGGCCGGUAGAAACAAAGUGUUUCUCUAGUCUGAGGUACUUGACAUUGCGCACAUGUCCCCAAUUGACCACUAUUUUCCCAAAAGUUGUAGUUGAUCACCUCCGGAAUUUAGAAGAGCUUACAGUGGAUGACUGCCCCUCCAUCACAACCAUAGUAAGUUGUGAACUGUAUCUUGCGAAUCGAACCGAUGAUCAAUUUCUCCCGCAAUUGAGGAGGAUGUCGCUUCAUUACGUGCCUGAAUUAAUUAGCAUCUCUAGUGGUUUAAAAAUUGCACGGUAUUUAGAAUGGCUGAGUUUCUAUAAUUGUCCAAAUCUUAAGAAACUGUGGAAUGCUGAAGAAUCUAGGAAAUAUUUAGAGCAUAUCGAGGGUGAGAGGAGUUGGUGGGAAGCACUGGAGUGGGGAAGUGGCCGUCCGAGUCAUUUGGAUGAGAUUUUUGUUCCAAUCAACAUACUGGACUGCUAAGUGCUUGAAGCAAUUAUGGCAAAGGGCACCUUCAAGCGUUCUGCUGAGAACUUGGUUCUCAUUCGUGUUUGGAAUCUGCAUAAGAAAAUUCUGGUGUGAUGUAGUUUCUCCUGUUUUUGUUUGAGUCGUUUUGUUGGGUUUAGUUGCUCUGGGUUUGCUACUGUUAUGUAACUGUAUGUGGUUAUUUCUCCCUGUUUGGGUGGAUUUUGUACCAGUUUUUACUGGAGUGUUUGUGUUGCUUGUGUUUGGUUAUAAAGUUUUCUUUCAUCCAAAAAAAAAAAAAAAAAAGGUGCUUGAAAUUUUCCCUAAUGGUAAUUAGUCUGUG